AUGUUCAAUGUGUGUACACGCCAAGUCUCAGAUUAUACGUGCUGUCCCGGGUCCGCCAUUCAGAUGACAAUCCCUACCCUUAACAACCAAGUGGUCGAAUCCCUAGAACAGUACGAAGAUGCCAUAUCAUGGAUAAAUGAUACCCUUUCCCCGCCUGAUUCAAAUUUGGAAGACAAUCUCGUUGACCUUAAUGCACUCGAUCACGAAAUAACCCAACUGCUCACUGCACUCGAUAUCGCAGCCGAGGAUACAUCAGCACGACUUGAACGAAUCAUUGACGACGUGUCUAGAGGCAUACCACGCCUUGCCUAUGAUUUACAUUUCAUGAAAGAUGGUGCUUCAACACUCCGGAAUGCGCUGGUCGGCGUUUUGCAGCGAUCUCGCGAUGCUGUUCCAAAGGAAACGAAUGCAGCCUUGGACAAUCUUCACCAUCUUGAUACAAUUAAAGGGCGAAUGGAGGCUUCCAGAGAAGUUCUAAGGGAAGCUGAAAGUUGGAGCACUCUGGAACAUGAAGUUACUUCCCUCAUCGUCGAAAAGAGUUAUGCAAAAGCUGCAGACAGGUUGUCGGAGGCUAAUAAGAGCAUGGUUGUGUUCCAAAAUACGCCAGAAUAUGAUCCCCGACGAACACUUAUGGUUAACCUUCAAAACCAGUUGGAGGCAGCUUUGAGUACGGCACUGGUUUCCGCUAUCAAUUCUCAAGAUUUAGCUGCGUGUAGAGACUACUAUUCAAUAUUUUCAACCAUUCAACGUGAACCCGAAUUUCGCAACUACUACUACGCAUCUAGAAGAUCUUCGAUAAUUUCUUUAUGGCAAAACACGCCCCUAAUCGAUUGCGAACCCGUUAUUACUGUUUCAGACAAUGCCCCCGCGUAUGGCUUCGCAGACUUCCUCGCGAAAUUUUACGCCCAGUUCAUUUCUGUUCUGAAUAUGGAAAGGUCUUCGAUCUCGUCCAUUUUUCCAGACCCGUCUACCACUAUUUCCCAGUUCAUAUCCUCCACUAUGACGUCUUUGCAGCCAACUGUCACCCAACGGCUCACCUCAUACUCCUCUUAUCAUGGGGAAUCGGCCCUGAUACAUCUCAUAUCUGCUUUACGUGUAACGGAGGAAUUUGCCGCUGGUGUAGACAAGAUAAUGGAAAAGAUUAAAUAUGCUGCAUCCACUCCAUUGUCUCCUCUACAGCCUGGAGUUACCUCGGACAAGGCCAAAAUCCAUCGACGUCGCUCCAGCCGAAUGUCAAUCUCUUUACGACCUGGUCAACAUCGGACGUCAUCAAGCAUCAUGGGUAAUGACAAGGCUGUUAGUGAUUCUGUGGAAAGCAUGGAAUGGGAUCAAGAUUUGUUUCAGCCUUUCCUUGAUUUUCAGACCGAUUAUGGGUCUUUAGAACGACGCUGUUUGGAGAAUAGCCUCUUUGAAAUUAUCUCGAAUGACACACGUGAAAAGCUUCAGGCCUCAGAUCGACCCCGAUUGUUCAGGGAACGAGCAAUCGACAUAUUUGGGAUCGCAGAGAACAGUAUGGUCAGGUGUAACUCAUUCACAUAUGGCUAUGGUUCAGUUGGUUUAGUGAAUGCUUUGGAUGGAUUUUUCCAGUCAUUCUUUGACACAUGGACAGCAGAUAUCCGCACGGAUUCCUUUGGUUCUUCACAAAUCGCCAAAACUUCCCUAACUGAGACCGAUUUCUCAGAUCUGGACUACACCGCACAAGAUUGGGCUAACAUUCAGUUGUCACUUCAUCUGCUAUCCUCUGGGAGAACUGUGUUCGAUCGACUUUGCUCAUUUGAAGCAAGACUACGCGCAUACCUUAGCCAGGUCGCUGCUCGUUUUCGGUUAUCAUUAAAUGACCCUUCUAACUUCCUUGUCGCUGCUACUAAGGGCGAAAGCCAAUUACUGGAACAGUCUACACUCAACACUGCAGAGCUUCACAGUCUACUUACCAGUGUCGAGACUGACUGGACACCCCGAGAUACUCAAUUUUCUGCAUCCCAACGUCUCCAAACCCAAAAUGCGGUUCAUUUAGAGCCCUUGCUUGAAAGUGCCAGAAAAUCGUUAUCAGUUUUUGCGCAAGCAUGUCAAACUGUUACGAUAAAAACAAUUUUGUCCCCUCUGCAAAAUCACUUGUCUGGAUAUGCUUCUUCGUCGGUGUGGAUAUCACCCGCGGAUCCUACUCAAACGACGUCUAGCAACGACCUGCGAGUCCCCACAUUUUCUCUCUCUCACAGCGAGACUAUUCAAAGAGUCGCGGAAGGUCUUCUAAAUUUGCCUCGAUUAUUUGAAGUCUACGCUGACGACGACGCCCUGGCAUUUUCUUUGGAAACAUUGCCCUUUGUUGAUCCUGAGAUGCUUCAAACUCUCACAGAACAAACGAGCGAUACGAGUGGUCAACAGUCCCAUAGGCGGCGGCCUUCCUAUGUCAAGCCGAAUGCAAUGGAUGCUGAGAUUGUAUCUUCGGCUUGGCUCAUUUCCCUUGGGCACACCUUUUUAGAUCACCUUACUGCCGAAAUUCUGCCGUCUAUCCCUUCCCUCAGUGUCGCAGGGGCAGCUCAGCUGGCUUCCGAUCUCGAAUAUUUGUCUAAUAUCGUGCGCGCACUCAAUGUGGAGCACAACAACCUUGACAAAUGGAAGACACUUGUCAGCUUGGAUGCUAAUGAUGGCGCGAGAGCUCUCUCUGAAAGCUCUCCUGGCUCACCACUUGACCCUGUGCUCGAACGUGUCGCCAAAUUGCGCGGCUGGCGAUAG